CAUCACCGCGGUCCGUUGUUGUUCAGUCGAUUUUUGCCAUCGAUACGUCAAAGAGGUCAUCGUCCGUCAUGUCGAAAUUGUUGCGAAUCGUUGCUCUAUUGCUGCUGCUCGCGAUGAGCUCGUCGAUCGUCAGCGCCAGGCUGUUCUACGACAACAAGGGAGUCCCGUACUUUUUCGAAGUGCCCGACCAAGAAAAGGCGAGACUGUGCUGUGCUCGCUGCGACGAGAACGAGGUGUGCAGCUUCGUGACCCAGAACAUGCAGGACGUCUGCCACGGCUACAUCGACCCCGAAUCGAUCGGAUUGAUCGAUUUUCCAGGCGGCCGAAUGAUCACGACUUCUCAGCGCUUGAAUGACGAGUGGUCGCUGCUCUGGAUCGAUGACCCGGCCGAUCCCGUGCUCAAGAGUCGCCACUUCAGCUACACCAAUUGCUCCUGGACGUCGGACGUGCGCUACGAGGAGGAUCUCGAUAGCGAGGCUACGGAGGCUCUCGCCGAGACGAUGUUCAACCCGAGGCACCACUACGAUGUGCUGGUCUCUUUAGAGCCGGCCAACUGUCGCCGAUUCAUUUGCGACGUCACGGUGUACAAGAGGAGCACGAGGUUCAAUCCCGACACGCUGGAGGCGGAACUAGAGAGACUCCCGAGGGAUGAUCUGUGAGGGGAUACUUUUGUCCGCGCCACGGGGAAGCAAGAAAAAAGUAUUAUAUUUUAUAGAUUUUAUUUUAAUAUUGUAUAUAAAAACGAUUUAUUUUGUAAAUAUUGAUUAAGAAGUAGAGACUGUACAUUUAAUUGUUCCCUCAUAAAAUGUAAACUCAUAAAAUUGAUAAAUUAUAUCCAACUAACUGAAAAUCGA